AUAUACUUUAAUUUGAGUAUAAUUACAUGUAAACAAAUAGGUUGAUGGGUACCAUAAAUGCUUAGUCACUAAGCAUUUAUGAUACCCAGGAUUUUGUAUAUUUAAAUACACGGCGUAAGUAGCUAACUGAACACCCCUCCUCGAGCCACGCUGGUAGCGCCACCCCAUCUGUUCAGCGCUUGUGAAAUUCUGAUUGAAACAGAUUGUAGCAAGCGCUCUCCGACCUGGGUUGCAAUGGCAACUGACUGGAUGGAACAUCAACAGCAACUUUUGUCCUAUUUUUUAAGGAAUUAACGAGAUUUUACACUGAUACCUUGAGGAAAUUAUUUCUAAUGUGAGAAACAAAGUUAUACAAUUUAAGGUCCGAAAAUGUUCCAGGGAUGUACAAUUUCUGUGGAAGAGAUCCAGUCUUGGUGGGAAGUCCCCGCCAUAGCUCAUUUCUGUUCGCUGUUCAGGACGGCAUUCAACCUACCAGACUUUGAAAUUGAGGAGCUGGAAGAGGCACUACAGAAGCAGGACAUAGACUUUCUGGCUGACCUCCUCGUCUCACUGCUGCAAGGAUGCUACCAGCGCACAGACAUCACCCCCCAGGCAUUCAGCGAUUACCUGGACGACAUCAUCAACUACCGCUGGGAGUUGGAGGAGGGGAAGCCUAACCCACUGCGCCAGGGGCCCUUUGAGGAGCUGGCCCCACGCACGCAGGUGGAACUGCUGCACAGGCUGUGUGACUACCGCCUGGACGCUGCCGAUGUCUUCGACCUGCUCAAGGGCUUGGAUGCGGACAGCCUGCGCGUGGAGCCGUUGGGUCAAGAUGGGAACGGUACCCUCUACUGGUACUUCUAUGGUACCCGCAUGUACAAAGAGGACCCGGUCAAGAGGAAAGCAGAGCAGCUCCGUGAAGCCCUUGUGAUCAAACCAGCAGAGAAGAGGAAAAGAGGAAGACCACCAAAGAAGAAAGUGGAGGAGAUCCAGCUAAGUGAGGUGGAGAGCGAAGUGAAGAAGGAGAAUGGACUGGAAGGUCUGCACUCAGGCACAGACCGCGAGCGUGGCGCCUGGUCCCUGGUGUGUGACACAGAGGAGCAGUGGGCCAGUCUGGCUGAGAGCAUCAAGGACAAAACGUCCCCCCAGGACCGCCACCUCUACCGCAUCAUCAGCCAGAACUUCCUCCCUGAGAUCAGCAGCAUGAUCGAGCUCAAGGAGAAUGAGCAGAAGCAGAGGCUGCUGGACCCCACCCCAGUACGCAGCUCUUACCGGCUCUCUGAGAAACGCAUGAGCCAAGAGGAGGAGGACACGCUGCAAGCCAUAGCUGACGUGGAGCAGCAGAAACAGAGGGAUGUGGACAUGGACAGGCAGGCCCUGCUGGCAGAGCAGAAACGAGAGGAGGAGAUGCUGCUUCAGGAGGAGCGUCAGAGAGAGGAGCAGGAGAGAGUCAAAGCUGUGGAGGAGCGAGCGCGGCGGCGGAAGCUGCGUGAGGAGAAGGCCUGGUUGAUAUCCCAGGGGAAGGACCUGCCCCCCGAACUGCUGCACCUGGAGCCCCACUCACCCAUCCAACGUGCCCGCAGGACGAAAGCGUUCUAUGAAAUUGAUGAUGAUUAUACAGCGUUGUACAAAGUGUUGGAGGCCCUGAAAGCCCACAAAGACUCCUGGCCUUUCUUGGAGCCUGUGGAUGAAUCCUAUGCCCCCAACUAUAAUGAGAUCAUUCAGACUCCGAUGGACCUGUCCACCAUCGAGAGGAAGCUGAAUGAAGGGGAGUACAUCGCCAAGGAGGAGUUUGUGUCUGACGUGAAGCUCAUGUUUGAGAAUUGCAUGGAGUACAAUGGGGAAGACAGUGAGUACAGCAUCAUGGCGGAGUCCCUGGAGCGCUGUUUCAGCCGAGCCCUGCUCAAGCACUUGCCUUCGGAGGACGGUGACACGGACGAAGAGUUCCACGUGUGUGGUGAGGACCGUGAGAAAGACCGCAAGGAGAAGAGGCGGAGCAAAGGCCCCAAACAGGCGGGGCCAGAGCGCUUGGGCCGAGCCACUGAGCAUGCCUCGCGCAAACGGACACAUCCAGGGGGCAAGGGCAGCACCGCCAUGGAGGAGGGGAACAAGGUGGCCCAGCCUCCCCCUCCCACCCACUGGGCCAACAGACACCCACACCCCCACAGCAUGCCACAUGGACAACCCCACCCUGGGAAUCUAUACCACCCAGCACAGCAGCAGCUCCAGCACCCCCCUGGUCCACACAUGUAUGGUCAGAGGAUGGCCAUGGACCCCCGCUACGCCUACCCUCACCCUGGACAGGGACACAUGCCCCGGCCUGGAGACCCCAAUGCUCACCACAUGCCUCAACAUUACAACAUGCAGCCACACCUGGGGGAUGGUCACCACAUUGGCCCUAGAUACCAGGUGGGGCCUGAUGGCCGGCCUCUCCAUCCCCAGCACCACCAGCAGCAGCACCCCUACAUGGGUCCCACCCACGGCCCCUCACUGGGCCCCCGCCCUGUGGCCCUCCAGUCUGGGGGCCUCUGCACCCCCACGCCCGAAGGCAACAUGUACCCGUCCCGCCAACGCACCGACGGCCACCCCAUGCACCCCGGUGGGAACCGUUACCCUGGGCCUGACGUCCCACUACAACACAACUACCCUGCCUUUCGUCCAGGCAUGGGCGUGCCUCCUAGCAUGUGGUCAGGGAUGAACCACCAAGGCCAGCAGAGGCCCAGUGGACCUGGGAUGCAGGAGCAGAAUAUGGCUAACCAUCCGCAGCACCCCUAUUUUCAUGGGGGUCCACGUCCCAUGGGCCCCAAACCCUGGCCAGAGCAGCCUGGUGGCCCUGGAGGGUACCCCCCACCCCCAAAUAGCCAGUACAGGAUGCCCUGUGGCAUCAGCACCUCCCCGGGGCCCAUGGCCCUGCGGCCUCCCAUGCCUCAUCAGGACUCACGGCAGCGUCUGGCCUCCAUGCUGGAGAGCCCAGAGAUGAUUGCCCUGCAGCAGCUGUCUGCUUCCUCCACCGGACUCCCUGCUGGCUCCUCGCGCCAGCUCAUGGGCAACCUUCAGCAGCAACCCCCACAGGGAGUUGGCAGCGCACCAACUCAAGCUCAGCCCUCGCAGCACCCACCUCCCCCUGAAAUUCAGCUGCUGCGUCCUGCCAGAGACGAUGGCCCAGAUAGCCAGCCUGCCCAUCACGCAGACAUGCAGCCCAAAGAGUUCACAUCAGAUCACAAAACGACCAACAACAACCAUGCAGGAACGCGGAUAACCCCCGUCCAGUCUGAUCAGGAUCGUUCCACAGAGCCUCCCAGUCACCCCACUGGGGGUAUGCAGAGCCCCUCGGCUCCAAACUUGGGCAGAUCACAGGAGAGGGGUAGCGGGACCGGGGAGCAGGCUGCGUCCCGGCCGGGACACCCACAGAGCUCAGAGACAACCGGCAACCAGGAGGGGGAGAGAAGAGGACAGUCUGUCUGCCAGACUCCCACUCAACAGAACAACCCUUCCAUUGUUCCUCCUCCACGCCCCCACAAUUCACCUCCCUCCCAGAACUCUCCGCACUCCCAGAAUGCUCUACAGCAUAUAACCCAGAUCCCCACUCGGCAAAUCCCAGAAAAUGCCCCUCACCCUAAGAACGCCCAUCAACACAUGAUCCAGAAUGCACAGCAACAAAACAUCCUUCAACAUAUCAGUCAGAAAACCCCACAGCAAGGAUCCCAAAACCCUCAGAACACACCUCCACAUGUGGCUCAGAAUCCCCUUCAACGUGGUCCACAGCCAAGCCCCAUGCAUGGAAUGCCAAAAUGCGCCCCCCAAGGGGCCCAGCCUGGCCCUGGUCCACCACAGCCAGCCCCUUUCACCUCCCUGCCCCCCAGCCACCCUGUGUCCCAGCUGCCUCCCCAGCCCAGCCCAGCCGACCAUGGAGACCAGAGGCCCAGCGAGCCCACUAGCAGAAGGGAUUCUGGAGGCAGCUCUGGUAACCCCAGCAUAAUGAAGUCUGGACCUCCCAACAGCAUCUAUAAACAACAGUCGUUCAGUCCCAAUGUGCAACAGACUCAGUUGGGUAACCAGGGCAGUCUGGGGCCAAGGGGACCAGCACCUGGUCACAUCCCAGCCAUGCCUCCCCACUCUCCGGGCCAGGUUGCUGGAGCCAUGGGCAGCCAAACACAUCCACACUAUGGUCAACCUAUGGGCAGGCCCAUGCCCCCUUCAAAUCGGCAGCCUUACCCAAACCAAGCUAUGCCCCAGACCAUGAACCCAAACCAUAACCCUGCCGGCUACCCCACCUACCACCAGCAUGGAGCUUCCUAUCCAUACCACAUGGCCCAGCAGCAGCAUCUCCAGGGCCACACCAACAUGUACCCCCAGUACCAGCAGCAACACUUAUACCCCCAGCCCCAGGGCAACAGCCGGGGGGGCUACCCACCUGAGGAGUGGCAUAGGCAGCAGCAAUACCAGCCUCGCCACCCCAUGCCCUCCAACACCUACCUGCCUGCAGCCAGUGCCAAGGUCAAUGGGUGCCUGAAGGAGGGCAGCAGCAUGGGCUCCCCCCUGGGCUCUGAGGGCUCCGGGGUCAGCUUGAUGUCCCCAAGUCUCCUGCCCGAGGGCCUCCAUGGAGGCUCUGCAGGGAAGGAGAGCAGGGAGGCUGGCAGCCCAAUGAAGCCUCAGCAUGCUCGGGUGGAGGAGACCUCAGAGCGGCCAGAGAGCCCUAAAGAGAUCCUGGACCUGGACAGCCACAACGCUGCUGCACGCCGCUGGAGUUCCCAGCCCCUGCCUCAAGUGGCCAACUUCCUGUACGACCCCCGAGCAGUGCAUCCUGGGAUGCAGCAGGGUGGGGCCCCACCCCCCCACAUGAUUUCUCGGCCUCCAUACCCUAGCCAGCCUGGCUUUCCUAGUGGACACUACACUCCCCAAAGACCCCACCCUCACCUCAUGGAGGCCCUGCAGCGGCCCCAGCACCUGCCCUUUCACCCGGGACAGACCCACAUGGCCAUUUACAGACACCCCCAGACUGAAGGCCACUUCCAAGGCAUGACGGUCCAGCAGAGAGGCCUGGGACCUGAACACUUCCUUCACCCAGGGCAGCAGAUGAUGUCUCCCAGUGGUCCCAGCAGUAAACAAGGAGUUUAAGCAACUCUGUGGAAGCAGGGUAAAGGACAAAUGCAACAAAACCUUUACACAAAUUGGUGCCUGCAUAUCAUCCAUGACGACAACCUGUGUGCUUGCCUGUGUCUCUCCUGUCUUAAGACUUUAAAUGUGACUGCUGUCGGAACUGAUGUUUUCUGCUGCGGAGCGGUUCAAAAUGGACUCUGUCCUCUGUCUGUGUUCGAGGGCACCAGUAAGUAGGGCUCCCUCUGCAUCGGACAGGAGAUGUGAAGAGUGAUACAGGCAAUGGAGACACAUUUAUUGGAGUCUCUUUAGGGAAUGAGUUCUUUGCCCCUGGGGAUGUUUGUCUGCUUUGUGUGGAACCCUCACUGAGACUGCCUCUGCAGAGACAUGGCCCUGUCUGUCUUCAUGCCUGUGGACUCCCAGUCAAGUUCAGACUGUACAGCUGGUCCCUCCCUCUAGGCCUGGCCAGCAAGAACAUCUGGAGACCCUGCUUCUCUGUCUGCAGGCUGGUUGUCUGUGUAAACGCAGGCUUUAAGGGGUCUAUUGACAUGGUCUGAUUGUGGUGCUCUGUUUGACCUUUUUUACAUUAUUUUCUCACACACUGGAUUUGUCUGGAGAAGGCUCUCCCCUUUGUCUAUAGCUCUCUAUGGACCUCCAGCCUGGUCUUCUCAGAGCCUCUCCAUGGACAAAAGGAGCUGGUGUGGUAAGAGGAGAGCACUGGUGUUACUUUGUGUUUUUUCGUUUUCGUCUCCAAAUGUUUUUAGACUCAGGUGUAGAAAAGGAGGUACUUUAAGACUGUAGAGAAGCCGUCAUCAGAACCCUGUCGACAGACACACACACACACAUGCCUUGCAGUUGCCUUUGUUUCCUUCAUGUUGAAUGUAUGUGUGAAUGAGUUCGAUAUAUGUAGAUAGAUGAACAGCACAGGAGCCCCGCCAUGUGACGGGACAGAAGAUGAUGGAGGAUUGCCUUUCGGGAAAAAGGAACCCGUUCUGAAAAGGGGAGCUUUCUGUCCAUUUCCACCUCGACUAAAACACAGCUUUUUUUGCUGUUCCGGUGUAAUUUUAUGCAUCCUUCAAGACUGCCUUCACUAUGAGAAUGUAUUUUAUUUCAGACCUGCAGAGAGCCUUCUCUGCUAUGCACUAGGGAUAGUCUACAACUACUGGAAUUUAGUGGCCUUGGAUUCUUUGUUGGUGCUUGUUACCAUGUGUAUAUAUGAAUAUAUAUUAAGUAUAACUCUUCACUGUAGGUGUCCUCUGUCACAAAAAUUGGGGUCUUUUGUGGGUUGGUUCACCACACUUCCAUGUGCCCAGCUGGUUGGCAUAUGCACAUACACACAAAGUGAACAAGAGUUAGAAUCAACAAUUGAUGUAUUUGUUUUUCUAUAUUCAUGUUGUCACCCUUCCAGCCCAAUUCUUUUUUAUUUGUUUCAAUGUCAUGUAUUGCAUUCCAUACAUUUUGUUGAAAAAUGUCAUCUAAAAUGGUAAUCCUAUUGUAGCUCAUUUAUUUGUGGUGUUUAUUUUAUUUGGAACGGUAAAGAUUGUCCACAAUCACACCCAUGCGUGAUUAUUUCUUAACGUUAGUGCUUCCUCCUCCCCAAUUCAAUGAACUUAAUAUGUCCUCAGGGUGUACAGUUCUAUACGGGUAUUUUAAUGAAUUAUUUGAAGAAGAAGCAACGCAAGAAAACAUGACUGGAAUAGCAAAAAAUUAAUUAACCUAAUUUUGUGACAACUGAUAAACCAACAUUGUUUUUGCAAGAUUCUGUUAUUUUUGGUCCUCUUUGUGACAAUGGCGGUCUUGCUUACUGUCAACCCAUUUGAUUUCUGUUUGGGUUUUGUUUUUCAUUUUAAUAUUGUAGCUUUUGUCAUUGCCACCAUGCAUCGGCGAGUGAUGAGUCUAUCAACAAUUUAUCUGUGUGAAUUGAACUCUUCCCCAUCUUAAAUCCAUGUUGCACCUGUGAACCCCACAGGUAUAGCGAUGACAACAAAUGAAUCUACCUCAUAGCCAGUCCUCUGGCAUCCACUAAGUCCCUCUACUCAGUCAUUCACUCACUCAGACCCCAGCACAUACAUGGCCUUGUACUACUUUGCUACAAAAGCUCAUGACUAUGUAUACUUUUCCCUUCCAUGAGACCUUUGAUUGUAAGGUUACUUGUCACUAGGGGGUGUGGUGAAUGAUUGGGCAUAUGUCUGAGGUCGACAGAAAAGGGCUCUUUUUAUAUAUGAUCUCGUCUUACCAGCUGUAUAGAUUGCAUGCCUUCCUGCCACAGGUGAGUCUAGACAACCUGAGCCCUGUGCUUCUAUUGAAUACGUGUUAGACAGCAUAGAGCUGGCAGCAUAGUCCCCUCAUUGAUAGACAUCUAUGGCAUUAAAAGGAAAUGUGCUCAAGGAGGGAUGAAUAUAGGAAAAUACUAGCUGUGAGACAAAAUGUGUCCCACUAUUCUGUACAAGGAUGUAUUGCUGUUUUACUUACUAGGGAAUUUUCAUUUUUAGUAUUAGCUAGAUGAGGUCUUCUCGGAGGUAGUGUGUUCACUUGCGCUGUCCAUGUAUGAAGGACAGUGUAGUUGUAAAUGGUCUGUGAGGUUGUGAUACUGUUAUGCAGCUUUGUUGUCUCUGAUUGUGUUGACUGCACAAGACAUGGAAGUCUGUAUGCCUCUACUCUGCUGUCAUCCAGUUUGUCUGCACUAGUAAAAUGUCUAGAUUGGAUUAAAUGUGAAUCAUAUUUAUUUGCUCUUUUACAUUUUGUACAUGUUUUAACUUGUUUUUAAUAUACAUGUGAUGUCUGGUUGUUUUAAGCAGUAGACAUUUACCUCCGUAGCAUGGCGGCAUCAAAAAGGCCCCGUAUGUUCCAGUUUUAUGUUCACAAGUUUUUAAGACAUAGAUUAUUUUGGAAAUAGAUAACGUAUUUUCUAUACUGUACAUUUCUUAGAAUAAAUAACUUUUCCUGAUUUUAA